GUGAGGUCCCAUAUACAUGUGUUUUAUCAGUUAUAAGGAAUUUACGCAAACCUUAACUGCCAUCAGUUUAAAAAUUUCUGAGGGCAGCAGUUAAAGACACGUUGCAUCACGGCACGUUUAUUUGUCACCCGUUUUUAUCGUGACCCUCAAUCCUAACGUUUAAAGAACAUUAACAUUGUUAUAAGAAUGUUUUAUAAAUGUUUAAUCCUAAUCCGUUUCAACGUCAACAUAGACACGGUAUAUUGAUAACGUUUUAAAAACGUUGGCUGGAGAAACACGUUACAUUAAUAACAUUCUAUAAACACUGGAUUUAUAUUCGUUUAAGAGAUGUUAAAGUAAUGUAUUUCCCACCGUUAGAAAGAGUUACUUUUCUGGUUCCAAUCGAUGCAAAUCGAUGCUCCAAAAAAUUGCUCAUCGUGACAGCUUUUCUGCAUUAUGUGCAUCAAGUCAUGCCUUACAAGCAAAAGAAUUCUAAGGGAAAUGUGUCAUCCGUUAUUUUAAGCUUGAUAAUCUCACGUCAUCCCCUGUAAACACAGACUCAUUGCACAGUGAUGCAAAUAAUAGAUAAGAAGGCUAAAAUAAUUAUUAUCAUCAUCAUUAUUAUUACAGUUUGAAACUUAUAUUUAGUGUUGGCAUAAGCAAAAUAUGUACCAGUGAUAUUGGACCCUCUAUGUGUUAGUACUUUUAUGCAGAUGCUAAGAAAAGAUUGAGAAAUGUAGCGAAAAUAACUCUUUUGGCGUUUUUUGAUUAAAACACCCAUUACAAUUUUUUUCAUCCACAUAUGCGCCACGCUUUACUAAUUGCCACCAUUACCGUUGACAUAAAAAAACAGUAGCAGUUAAUAUCAGACAUAUGCACAUUUCCUUUCUCGAGGAGACGGCUCAUUACAACUAAAUACGGAAAAGCAAGUAAUAUCAUCUUCGAAACAUACCAAAAGAGACUUUACUGUUAUCACCUAUUAAAAUAAAACCUCUGCAUUUUAACCACAAGAACUCUAUAGCAACAAUUCAUCAGAUUGUAUCAUACGGAACUAUAAAUUACACAAUGUGCGUUUAUUAAAAAAACAAACUACAUGCCAACGCAUAGAAUUUGCAAUGUCGCACCAUCUAUAAAAGCAGCCAACUAAGGAAAAUUCAUCAUUCACAAAAAAUAUCGGAGCAUAUAACCUACACUGAAAAAGAAAUUUUCGCAAGAUUUACCAUGUUGUCAAAAAGAGUUUUACAAAGUAAAUCUUCACCAAACCUUCUCCAUUCUGCUUGGUACAGACAGCAUUCGAAUCCAUAUGAUGCUCAAAACAAUCCAACUGGUAUUAUAAAUUUAGGAACAGCUGAAAACAGGUUAUUGCACGAUAUUAUGCAGGAGAAACUCAAAGAUAUCAAAAUUGAAAAUAUAUCUGAGGAGUACACACACUAUUGCAAACUUUCUGGAACUGAUCAAUUUCGUGAGAAGUUAAAAACUUUCUUAACAAAAAAUUUAAAGCCAUCUGAGAAACUUCAGAGAGAAGAUAUAUAUGUGAUGAAUGGCUGUGGAACAGUCAUUGAAGCUCUUGGAUAUUCACUCUGUGAUGAAGGUGACGGUGUACUUAUUCCUGCUCCAUACUACUGUGGAUUUAAAAGUGAUUUGGAGCAAAGAAUUGGCGUUAAAACAUAUCCUGUGCAUUUAGAAAGUAAAUCUCUUCAUCAGGUGAAACCGUUUCAGUUAACAACUCAACUCCUCGAAGAAGCAUUUAUCAAAUUUGAAGAAGAAGGAAUUCACAUCAAAGCACUUCUUCUAUCUAAUCCAAACAAUCCACUUGGAAUCAUAUACACUGAAGAAGAACUUGAAUCGUAUAUCACCUUUUGCAGUCAGUAUAACAUUCAUCUUAUCUGUGAUGAAAUAUACAUGAUGUCUGUUUACGAUGAAAACGUUGAUUUCAAAAGCGUUCUUUCUCUGAAAAGUUACCUAAAACACAGUGAUAAGAUUCAUGUUGUAUGGGGCUUCAGCAAAGAUUUCGGAUUGUCUGGAUUUCGAUGUGGCGUUGCGAUAACAAAAAAUGUGGAUUUGCAAUCGGCUUUAACAUCUGUUGGUUACUACACUAGUGUGCCAACUGCAACACAAUACAUUCUGGAAGAACUGAUCACAGACGAAAUAUGGUUAAAUAAACUGAAAUCAAUCAAUCAUUCUCGACUAAGAAAGUCUCGCGAUCUUGUCACUCAGCAUUUACAGAAAUUGGCUAUUCCAUACAUAUACCCGACAAGUGGCUUAUUUCUUUGGAUGAACCUAUCCAAUUAUCUCUUGAGCGACGACAAACAAGCAGAAAUAGAUAUGUUUAAUAAGUUAAUGAACCACGGAUUGUACUUAGUACCAGGAUUUGCAUUUGAAUGUAUCGAACACGGUUGGUUUCGAAUCAUAUUUGCCCAUGAUCUUGACAUUUUAAACAUUGCAUUUAAUCGUCUUGGUGACGUUGUUAAUAUGUUUGGACCAAGUCGCUACAUCAAAACUGGAAGCAAACGUCGUCUAUACGACAAUAUUUAGAAAAGUUAAGGAUAACAAACAACAGUUUUAAUAUUUAAUAAAGAUAAUGUAAUUAUAUUAAAUUAUUGUUUAGUUGUAAAUAGUUAUUUCUAUCAUAAAUUUUACCACUUUAUAUCAUGAUUAUU